UCUAUUGGUGCUUUCUGAUUGGAAUCAUCUUCAUGAUUAUCGAGAUGUUGUACGUCAUGAUCAAGAGAAAGGGCAGGGAAUAUAGUCUAUUCUGGCCCAGCUGUUUUUUGUAUUUGUCGGCCAUCAUUCCUGUCAUUUGGGUCCUUGAACUUGAUCUUCUUCAACAUAGACUCGAUGAACGCGAUCAAUUGACCGAUGUUAACGACUCCAAGCGGAUUAUUUUGUCCCAAACCAGUUUUGGAAAGUACAUACUUAAUGCCUCAAUUGACACUGAAGUAGCAGCCAAAAAAGUGUGUGAACUAGGAGUUCUCUUGCUUAUCAUCUUUGGGCGUUGGCUUCUGCCAAGAGGGAAACUAACACGUGACCAGUUGUCUAACUUGUUGUUGGCCUACAUCGGACUGGGGGCUGAUAUCUUAGAUUUGUUCGAGCCGUUGACCCACCCCAACGUCAAGCACAACGUCAUUCUGACCUACAGUACAUUAGGGUUGUUCACGUGGAGCAUGCUGCAGUUUUGUCUUAUUGCCAUGGCAACGGCUGGUAGUGAUGAUGUCAGCGAGGCAUCAUGUCAACAAAAGAUGGAGAAGAAAACCGCAAAAGAUAUUGCAUACUUAGAGUCGGGUCAACCAAAAAACGAGCCAAACAAACGACCAGACGAUGUGGAAUCCAUCUCAAGUGCAUCAUCAGUUCACGAAAAACAAAGUGAUGACGAAUCUGUAGCAAGUACCGAAGGUUCCAUAGCAACACACGGUUCAAACGAACCUCAAGAUAAAGACCCCUAUGAUCACCCCAAAACGACACCCAGUAUCAUGUCAGCAGAUCUCGUGUCAAUACUCUGCUCUCUCUUAAUGCAUGACGGUCCUUUCUUGGUCUUUCGUCUUGUACUAGUGGGCAUGUACCAGGUGACAAGCGAGAUUCAUCUGUUUUUCACGGCUAAGAACGUGCUGACGGUUGUUAUCAUGCUGUACAGGCUGUACCAUCUCCACGUCUCGCGGGUCGCUACCGUUGACCAAGGGGACCAGGAUCGACGCAGAAACUCCAAAACGGCUGCAGCUUGAUCAGCUGGGUCUACGUCUUAUUGCACACCCAUACUGGACAUGUAACCAUAAACAUUGCAAUAUAUAGCUAUUUCCAAAAAAACGUUUGGCGAUAGUUUUGUUGAAAUAGCAGUAUUAAUAUUUGACAUCUUGUUU